CGAGGGAGGAGUGUGGGAAGAGGAAGGAAAAAAAGAGCGAGACAGCCAGGGGAAGAGAAAGAUGUCACUGUCUAAUCUCCCUGUCAUUUUUAUUUCCAGCAGGCGCCGGGCGAAGGAGCUGCUAGAACAAUGCUGAGGCGGGCGAAGUGAGCAGCGGCCCGGCUGCGUGCUGUGUGCGGAAACCCAGAAGGAGCGUCUCGAACAGGUGAUCGCAGGAGCCGGAAACUGAGGCCACCUGGGCAUUCCUCCCUUCGCCUUGGCCGUACCCGGCACCCAAGAGAAGGUGGGGGAACCAUGGCGACCAAUUUCAACGACAUCGUCAAGCAAGGCUACGUGAAGAUGAAGAGCAGGAAGCUUGGGAUCUACCGCAGGUGCUGGCUGGUGUUCCGGAAGUCCUCCAGCAAGGGGCCCCAGCGGCUGGAGAAGUAUCCGGAUGAGAAGUCAGUGUGCCUCCGAGGCUGCCCCAAGGUGACCGAGAUCAGCAAUGUGAAGUGUGUCACGAGGCUCCCCAAGGAGACCAAGAGGCAGGCGGUGGCCAUCAUAUUCACUGAUGACUCAGCCCGUACCUUCACCUGCGACUCAGAGCUGGAGGCAGAGGAGUGGUACAAGACGCUGUCCGUGGAGUGUCUGGGGUCGCGGCUCAACGACAUCAGUCUGGGAGAGCCGGACCUCCUGGCCCCAGGGGUGCAGUGUGAGCAGACAGAUCGCUUCAACGUCUUCCUGCUGCCCGGCCCCAACCUGGAUGUGUAUGGCGAGUGCAAGCUGCAGAUCACCCACGAGAACAUCUACCUCUGGGACAUACACAACCCCCGCGUGAAGCUCGUCUCAUGGCCCCUCUGCUCACUGCGCCGCUACGGCCGGGACGCCACACGCUUUACCUUUGAGGCUGGCCGGAUGUGUGACGCUGGGGAAGGGCUCUACACCUUCCAGACGCAGGAAGGGGAACAGAUUUACCAGCGGGUCCACAGUGCCACCCUGGCCAUCGCCGAGCAACACAAGCGGGUCCUGCUAGAAAUGGAGAAGAAUGUGAGGCUGCUGAACAAGGGCACAGAACAUUACUCCUACCCCUGCACGCCCACUACCAUGCUGCCCCGCAGUGCCUACUGGCACCACAUCACGGGCUCCCAGAAUAUUGCUGAGGCCUCCAGCUAUGCCGGUGAGGGGUAUGGGGCAGCCCAGGCCAGCUCAGAAACGGACCUCCUCAACAGAUUCAUCCUGCUAAAGCCAAAGCCCAGCCAGGGGGACAGCAGCGAGGCCAAGACCCCAGCCCAGUGACAGCAGGGCUAGUGUGCACUGGUGACUGCGGGGGCUGCCUGCUGUGGGCUGACUGCAGCGUGCUGGGGACAGCCUCAAGAAGCUGCUGGCCAAGGGCCUGGAGAGAGGGAGCAAGCUGUCCCUUCCUUGCCCCCAUGAGUGAGGCUGGACCAAGGCAAAGGGCUGGCCACACCACCUGAGCAUGUGUUGAGGGGCUGGAGCUACCAUGGGACUAUAUACUGUUAAUGAUUUUAAUAUAUACCGCUUAAUACAUAUUCUAUAUUAAUGAAUUUCCCCGUCCCUCCCUGCCACUACAUACACAUUUUUUAAUCCCAUGACCAGGCCACAGUCAAGGCUGGUUUUGAAGGUGCCUGUCCUCCAUGGUACAGCCCUCCUGCUGCCAGAAUUGCUUGAGCUGCCAGGGCCAGAGGGAGACAACCAGAACUCAAGGCUGGCGCUGACUGCGGGCCUUUCCCAGGCAGCCCUGGGGCGAACACAGUAGGUGGCUUCCCAACUCCUCUGGGCCUAGAACGGCACCGAGCUUACACUGUGCCACUUGGUAGCCUUGCACUUGGGAGUUUUAAGCACAGGUGACAUCUGGUUGACACCUCAGGUGAAAAUCUAGUUUGAAAAAGGAAAUUUCUGCCCAGGUUCCUUCCUACUUAGUAAGUAGGCUGAGAAGUUACCCUGGAGGUAGGGGUGCUGGUAACCUUGGGGAGGAUGCCAGUCCCGAGCUCUGUCCUGACCCAGGGCCAGGCCAGGAGGGAAGGCCGCGGCAGGACUGCUGUGGGGAGCACCCCUGCUGCCCCCUCACUGACAUGGGAUGGGCAAUGCCCCCCUCUGCGGGGCCCCUCUCCGUUUGGCCACCCACUGGCCAGCCAAAAGCACUCAGAAACCGAGCCUUUCCCACUUCCUCCUCCCCACAUGGUGCUGAGGCUCCCUGCUGAAAUGCAAUUAAAGCAAUUGAUUUUCUAGUGCUGGUAUUUAUUGACUACCGGGCAGAAGGGCUAUCUUUCUAUUCACAUCAAACCUUUGGUUGUGUGUGUGGUUUAUGUUUUUGUUUUGUUUUUUUAAGUAUGUUAGGGUUCUAAUUUGUGGGAACAGACCUUGUUACCUUGUUGUAAAUAACCACUAUUCAAGUUGUGGCAGGAUGACAAAGAGGCCCCUCCAGCAGAGCCCUGGAGCCAGGGAGGUGGCCGCAGCCAGCUCAGCUCUGCGCCUGACCCGGGAAUACCCACCCAGAGGAAUGAGCGAGCCUGAAGAGCCUGGCCCCAGGCCUUGGCGAGGAGGCAGAGCUGGCUGGCUCAGCUAGUGGCACGAUGACGCAUGAAGGAGAUUAUGUUGUGCUCUUUAUUGCCAAAAAUAAAAACUUUUAAAAAGACAA